UGUCAUAUUUGUGUUGAUACAAUGUCGAAAACAAAUGGUCAAAUUAUCGACAAAUAUAGAUUCUUUGCCUCUGACAAAUGCAGAUUCGUUGCCUCUGACAAAUGAAGAUUUGUCACCUCUGACAUGGAGAAGAAUUUCAUACCAAGAGCUUUUACAAGCAACAGAUGCAUUCAGCGAAGCCAACCUUCUUGGCGUUGGAAGUUUUGGUUCAGUAUAUAAAGGAACGCUUUCAGAUGGGAUGAUUAUUGCCGUAAAGGUUUUCAAUUUGCAAUUAGAAAGAGCAAUCAAGAGUUUUGAUGUCAAAUGUGAAGUGAUAUGCAAUACUCGCCAUCGAAAUCUGAUAAGAAUCAUCACCAGUUGCACUUAUAACUUGGAUUUCAGGGCCUUGGUACUAGAGUACAUGCCUAAUGGGAGCCUUGAGAAGUGGUUGUAUUCGCACAAAUAUUGUCUGGACAUCCUGCAAAGGUUAAACAUAAUGAUAGAUGUGGCAUCAGCCUUGGAAUAUCUCCAUCAUGGUCACGUAACACCCAUUGUUCACUGUGAUUUGAAGCCCGAGAAUGUCCUACUUGACAAAGAUAUGAUUGCACAUGUUGCUGAUUUUGGCAUUGCCAAACUCUUUGGUGAAGGGGAUUUUAUGGCACAAACCACAACCUUGGCAACAAUUGGGUAUAUGACACCAGGUGAUAAUUUAUUUUCAUUGUUGAUUUGGUGCAUAGAGUACGGAAUGGAAGGAAGAGUAUCAACAAGAUGCGAUGUCUAUAGUUAUGGUGUCUUGUUGAUGGAAAUUUUCACGAGGAAGAGACCGACAGAUGAAAUGUUUGCCGGAGAGAUGAGCUUGAAGCGUUGGGUGAAGGAAGCAUUAGAUGGUUCAAUAAUUGAAGUUGUGGACAGCAAUCUGAUAGGAACGGAGGAUGAAAAUUUCUCUGUUAAGGAGGAAUGUGUAUCAUAUAUCAUGGGUUUGGCCCUGGAUUGUUCAAGUGAUAAACCUGCGGAAAGGAUCAACAUGAAAGAGGCCUUGGAUAGGCUUGAGAAAAUUAAAAUCUCCUUUUCAGAAAAUAUUGGAAUGGCUGGCACAAAAAAAGUUAUGAAUUAACAGGUAUCAAGUUUAAUAGUAUUUUGUACUUGUUGCAUUUUCUUUACCUCCAUUUUUUAUAUCAAUCCAAAAAUUCUGAGCAAUAGUUUUGGAAUUAUUUUUCAGGAAGUGACAGAAAUUUGUAGAGUUCUUUAUUGGACUGUCGGGUUAUUUGUGGGGAAAAAAUUGUACU